UCCAGAAAUUGAUAUGGUUGGGGCAUACUUAUGUAUUAUUUCUAAUCUUUAUGUAUCAUGGAGAUUACAUAUUUCUCAUCAUAACUAAAUAUACCUUGAAUAGAUACAUACGUAUCUGUUGCAUAAAUGUCUUUAGUUAGGCCUACAACCUUGUAAAAAUACGACUUUUCUUUCUAACUCUGGCCAAGAUCUACCUCCCAAGAAGAUAUUGCACAUUUCAUAACUUCAAACUGUCUGGUAGGGUUGUGCAUAAUUCUACAGGCUGGAAAUAUACAAAGCUUGCUAAUCUACUUCACCCAAGUUAAUAAUGUCCGUCUCAAUCAAAAACGGAUUUAAACGAUUCGGAAAAGGGAAUUUGGUUCUUAGCAAUGUAAAUGUCAACGUUUGCAGUGGAGAAAUCUAUGGUCUAUUAGGUGCUAGCGGGUGCGGCAAGACGACAUUGCUCUCAUGCAUCGUGGGAUUACGCCAGCUUGAUUCUGGUCAAGUUAACGUGGGCAAUCAACCCAGACCCGGCAAUCUUGGCAGUUUUUGCGGAUAUAUGCCCCAAGAGACUUCACUUUUAAGUGUGCUGACGAUCCGAGAGGUUUUAAAGUAUUUUGGACUCCUUUAUGGCAUGGACAUGCAAGAAAUAGAGCACAGGACACAUUUCCUGUCAGAUAUGCUUGAUCUGAAUCAACUGGACGUAGUAAUUGAUAAGUUGAGCGGUGGCCAGAAACGGAGGGUGUCCUUGGCCGCUGCAAUGAUUCAUAAUCCAGCCCUACUCGUUUUAGACGAGCCCUGCGUUGGAUUGGAUCCAUUGCUGCGCCAGAGGAUUUGGGAGUUCCUAACGGAAAUUUCUCGAAAACAAGGAAAAACCGUGAUAAUUUCAACCCAUUAUAUCGAAGAAACUAAAUUUUGUGACAAAAUAGGAUUUCUUCGAGGUGGUCGUCUUAUAGUGGAGGACUCUCCGACUUCAUUGCUGGCUUCACAUCAAUCCACUAAAUUAGCCGACGUCUUCACACAUCUUUGUAGAACUGACGAAAAUAUGUCCAAUCGUUACGACACGACGUUUGAGUUGGCGAAUAAUCAGCGACUUUCUGAGAAUUUAGCACAAACGGAACAUCUCCCGGACAAAAUCACUCCUUUGAAUAUUAGACGUAACAAUGCGUCCAUUUUCCACGCUUUAUUUUCAAAGUGGUGGCACCGAAAUAGACGCGAUUGGAGAUUAUAUCUUGGACAACUUGGAAUUCCUGUCUUGUGCGUUUUCUUCAUGCAAAAUAUAAUAGGCCGAGAACCCAAUGGAAUUCAAGCCAGUCUCAUUUACAAUAAUGCGACAUCCCUUCAACUCUGUGGAAAUGACGGGAAUUUGAAUUCUUCGCACGAAUGCUUUUCCAACAUCGGAAUUUGCAACUUAAUUGAUAAAUUCGGCGAUAAAUUCAUUUGGAUUCCCACCAACUCAUACGAAGAUGGCAUUAAACAAAUGAAAUUAGGACAGAUUAGCUUGCUCAUUGAGUUUCCUGCCAAUUACGAAACCCAUUUCCAGGAUAGAAUUAUCUAUCGACAUUUUGCAAGCAACGAAUCGCUUCAAGGAUCAACGAUCUCGGUCCGCAUACUCGAAUCAGGCUUGAUUUUAUCAACAUGGGCAAGAAAAUUGAUCGUUGAAACGUAUAUAAUUUAUCUCCAAAAUCUUUUGUCGGCUUGCUCUAUCAGCGACGACGUUAUCAAGCCACCACUUCAGUUCCACUCAAUCUACGGGAGUUCAGAAGCGUUAGACUUACUUCCUUAUAUGCAACUUGGUCUCCUAAUUUCGAUAAUGUUUACCAUGCCGAAGUGCCUGGGCGUACUCUGGAUGGAAGAUAAAGUGGCCGGGCUUGAGGACCGAGAUUAUGUGACAGGCGUCUCCCUCUGGCAUCGACUCAUUGCCAACACGGUCACUCAAAGUUUCGUGAUUUUUGCACAAAUUGCAAUUUUCUUGGGCCUAUUUUGCGGCGUAUAUGGCAUGGAAAUCAAAGGGCAAUGGUUGCACGCUGUGGGUUUAGUGUACAUGACUGCUCUGUGUGCGAUGAUGAUUGGUUUUGUGAUAAGCACUGUUUGGGAAACGACACUGGAGGCUAUCUUUAUCACGAUCCUAAUAACAAUUAGUCAACUGUUUUCGUCAGGAAUUUUGGUUUCGACGGAAUUGGGUCCUCCUCUUGUCCGUAAGGUCUUCCAUUGGAUGCCGUUAACUGAUGCGAUUGAAGCGUUGCGGUCAAUUUGUACGAGAGGGUGGGGUAUUAGUCAUCCGGUCGUUUGGAGAGGAUUUGUACCAGCGAUUGGAUGGAUAUUAAUUUCUGUAGUGCUUUCCUUUCACACAAGCCGAAUGAGGUACAAGUAAAACUUAUCCUUAGAUUUAUUGACAAUUUUAAAUAUUUUACAAAAUAUUUUGUAUGCAUACAUAUCUAAAGUAUAUAUUUAUAGACGUUUUAAUAACCUCUAACUAUUUCAAAUUGCGUUAAACAUUUUAUUUGUAAUAAAUUUGAUAGCACAAUAUGCAGAUAAAUAAAUCUUAUCAUAUUAUGCAGUAAA